AUGUCUCCUCGGCCAUAUAACACCAAGGACAAAAUAUACUCUCCACCUAAAGACAUUUUAAACCGUCCUUUUAUUAAAUGCGCACUAACAAGAUAUACUCCAAGUAUCAUCAUGCAUGCGCCUGCUCUUUCAAUAAACUACACUCUCGGGGGGCAUUAUAGGCAGGAUGACAGAGCUGGUGGUGAAGAAAAGGAUGAGGCCUUUUACCUCGCGGUCGAGGAAAAGAAAGAAAAUUUUGAAGCCUUUUUACCUCGCGGUCGAGGAAAAGAAGAAAAGGUCGAAACCUUUUACCUCGUCAACCGAGGAAAAGAAAAAAUCGAUGCCGCGGUUUUACUCAGUUGA